AUGGAAGAGUUUGAGAUAUUAGAUUUCCAUUAAUUGUAAUAAGAAAAAGAAGGAAUAGAUUAGGCAGCAUAGUUUUUACAGAAAAAGAUCUAAAAUGGGUUUAAAGUUAGUAUAGUGAUUAAAAAAUAACAUAAGUUUGCUUUACCUCCUUUGUAACAAAAGAAAAAUGAUUUAUUUUCUAAAUAACACUAACCUAUAGACUUAGUAUAAUUUAUUUUAAGAUAAUAGAUUAGUUAAAGUUCUGAGAUAAUUGAGAAUAAUGAUAAAUAAGGUUCUUUGACAUCUUCACAUUCAUAUUCUAGUAUCAAAAUGAAUAAAAAAUAAUUAACAAUUCCUCCUACUCAAAAUGAAACUCCAAUAUAAGAUUAGGAAGAGGAGAAGAGUAUAAAAUCAGAUGAUGAUCAAAUUUCCUUAAAAUACAACAAAAAUAACAGUUUUAAACAUUCUUUAAAGGAUAAUAUAUUAAGUCAAAAGAUUCAAAAAGGAUUACUAUUUUAAAGAGAUGGAAAGUCAAAAUUAGCAGUAGAAAAGAUGAUGGAUGUAUAUAAAGAAGGAAAUGAGAAAUUAAAAUCAUGUUAAGAUUAAUAAUAAAUUUCAGUAUUAAUAAUAAUUUGUAUUUAAUCACUUUGUUAUGCAUCUCAAAUAUUUAAGUAAUUAGGAUAAUUUAAUGAAGCUUUAAGGUAUUAUUAUGAUAUUUUUGAAUUCUAGAUGUUUAGAUAAAUGUUUAAGUUAAUUUGAAAUUAAUGAUUUUGAUUUAUUAUGUCAAAUAUACAUAUCAAAAGCAUAAUAUUGCUUACUUAAUAAUCAAUAUUUAUAAUCCUUAGAUAAUUAUACUAAAGCAUUAAUUUAAUAUGAAUAAGUGAAUUGGAAAUUGGAAAUAGCUAAAUUAUUAGUUAAAAUCUCAUUUGUAUAUGCUUUAUUAAGUAAAUCUAAAUAAUUUAAAAAAACAGGCGAUUUUGCUGAUGCAAAGAAAAUAUGUUAUGAAGGUUUAUCCAUAUUGUAAAACAAAUUGAAUAAUUCCGAUCCAAGAAUUUAUGAAACAUACUAUACUUUGGGAUGCAUCUUCUAUCUAGAGAAAGAAUACGAUUUUGCCUUAGAAUAUUUAGAUUAAUCCAAAUAGGGAUUCAUUAAAUUGUAAUAGAAACAUCACAUUAUCAAUUUUAAAUAGAUAUGGCGAAAAACAUUAAAGCAUUAUUAAGAUUCUCAAUUUAUAGGGCGUAAUUAAUCAUCUAUAAGGAAAUAGUAUAAAUGCUAUGGAACUCUAUGAAUAGAUUGUUUGUUUAUAUGGGUAAUAACUUAAUUUAUUUUAGAGAGUCUUUAAGUUUUGGAUUGGCCUUAGUUUUGAAUAAUCUAGCCUUAGCAUAUUUAGAUAGGAUGAAAUUUAAAAGUGCCAAAUUAUCUUUUGAAAAAGCUAUUACUAUUCUGAAAGUAUAUCUAAAUGAAUAGCAUCCAACUUUUUAAAGAAUAGAAAAAAAUUAGAAACUUGUUCUAGCAGCUACUCUAUCUUAUAUGUGA